AUGCACCUUCUCUCCUUUCUCCGCAAGUCCAAGACCUCGAACGAAACCUCAUCCCUCUACGGACUCGAUCAUGCGGCUCUCAAUCUCCCCGUCCCACCGCCGUCUAUGUGGAUGAAUCUCGGCUAUUGGAAGGACACAACCGACUUCCCCACCGCUUGUGCCGCCCUCCUAGACCAAGUCCUGAUUACAGCAUCACUACUAGACGAGAAUGGCGAUGCAACUUCACAUUCGACGGAGAAAAGGCUUCGAUUGCUGGACGUUGGGAUCGGGUGCGGAGAUCAAUCUGUGCGGAUUCUGGGAUACAAACGGAGAAUGCACGGCGGAGUAGCUGCAAAUGACAAUUCGGAUCUUGAUGGGAAUAUCAAGGACAUGACGGCGCCGUUAUUCGAUUCCUACGUCGGCAUCACUUCUAUCCCUGUCCAGGCCCAGUUCGCGAAGCAACGGAUAGAGAGCAGCAAGCACUCGCAAUCAAACUUGCGGGCUCAAAUAUUUUGCGCAGACGCCGCGAAUCCAUUAUCCUGGGACACCAAGCUGAAAACGUCCCUGUCCGCCGCUCCGCCUUCCCACGAAACAGAAGAGAACUGGCUCUUAGCCCUUGACACCCUUUACCACUUCUCUCCCUCCCGCGCCCCUCUCUUCAAAUAUACUCACUCUACGCUGCACGCCUCUAUAAUGGCCUUUGAUCUUUUACUUCCAACCCCCAAGCCCUCAUUCUGGGCGCGCCUCCUCCUCCGGAUCCUGUGCCUAUUUGCCGGGACACCCUAUACGAACUUCCUCACGCAGGACGAGUACACCGCACUCCUGGUUGAUGCAGGAUACGAUCUAUCGAAAAUCAUCUUUAGAGAUAUAUCGGAUGACGUAUUCCACGGGAUUGCAGGGUAUAUCAAUUCCCGAGAAGAGGUGUUGAAGGCGUACGGGUUGGGUGGGAGCAAGGGGAUGAAGAAGUAUGGAGGCGCUGGGAAGCUGUUUGGGUGGUGGGCAAGGACGGGGGUUGUCAAGGGGUUUAUCAUUGUUGCUAGAGCUUAG